AUGAAUACAUUAAUUAAACCAAUCAAUAAUUAUGUCCGUCAUUCAUUUAUUCAUCCACUUCUGCAUUUUUGUCCGUCACAAGCUUUGACGCCGUGUAGCCACACCAGCAGUGACAUGGUGGUGACGGCUAUCGCCCCAGGGGUUUUUGGUGGACCGACCAACUUUCAACACCCGAUCUGGCAGUAUCACCAAUAUCUAGCCACCCCCUUGCCAACACAACAUCCAACAACACAUGUAGGCCGCGACAUCAUGGGGCUUAUAUCGUCGCUGAUCAUCCUCCGCGUCGGCACCUGGAUAUCGGCACGCAUUCCCCGGCGCCUGCGCCGCCCCCUCGCCGUUCUGACCUUUGUGCUCGUGUCCCUGCUCGUCUGGUACCACUUCCAACCGCCAGCGUCGACGGUGCGCGCGGCCGUCAACUUCAAUGCCGCGCGCCUAGGAAGCUCCGUGCGCGGCGCGGCGUAUCAGGAUCCAGAUGCGUGGAUGCGCGUGCCGGGCCGCUGGGAGGUCGAGGUGAGCGCGGACAUUGGGUAUCUGAUCAAGACGGGGUACGGGACGCGGGGGCGAGUUAAGCUGAUGCGGGACGCAUAUGAGAAGAGUGGAGGCAUUCUAGGGGAAGAGGGCGUCUUGGUCGUGGGCGAUUGGGACGGCGAUGGAGUAACAGAUGCGCUGAGCAGAGGGUGGCAGAUGAUGGAGGAGUUUGGGGUGGAUGAUGAUGUGGCGGGGGCGAAGAGGAGGAAGAAGCAUGGGCUGUUGAGGGCGGCGAUUGAGUCUGGGGAUGAGGAGAAGGCGUUGGAGCUGGGGAAGGAGUUUGGCUGGGAAUUGGAUGCGCUCAAGUUUAUACCGGGCAUGUAUGACCUCUAUAACCGCUAUCCAGAGAAAAAGUGGUAUAUUAUUCUAGACGACGAUACGUAUCUAGUGCGUCCGACGCUCGAGAUGCUGCUCUCGCAUCUGGACCCGGACAAGCCGCACUACAUUGGCAAUGCUGUGGGCGACUUCCGCGCGCGGUUUGCACAUGGCGGAUCAGGCAUUAUUAUAUCACGAAAGGCAAUGCAAAAGUUUGCUUCAGACAAGACCGUCAUAGCGACGUCGCUGGCUGUCUCGCUCGUCGAGACCUGGGGCGACAAGCUCGUCGCCACAACACUACAGCAGCUCGGCAUCUACUUGGAGGAGCGGUAUGCGCACCACUUCAACGGCGAGCCGCCCGAGAUUACGCGCGUCGCUGCGGAGCGAUUCUGCGCGCCCAUUGUGUCGUUUCACUCGCUGCGCACGCCCACAGCAAUGGAUCACCUGGCGCGCUCGCUCCGGCCGUUCCGCAAGCCGAUAUCAUGGGGCACGCUGCUUGAGGUCUUUGGCAUGCCCACCGCCGGCGGCGUGAUUGACCGCGUCGGCCCGCUCGACGACAAAACAACUACUUGGAAAAACGUCAAGUCGGCAGACGAGUGCCGCCGCAAGUGCGAAGUCGACUCGAAGCGGUGGUGUUUGGCGUGGAAGCACGAUGGCGCAGCGGCAGCGUGCCAUGCAAGUCCGUGGGUGGUGCCGGGCGAGCGAGGCUCCAAGGACAUUACAGCCUCGGGGGUGCACGAGGCUGCCAUAGUCGGUCUACGGGCGCGCUGCGCGGGUGAUUAA